UGCUGGGUUCCCGUCAAUAUAAUCAGUGCCUCUCGUUAGUUCACAACCAGUUGAGUAUGUGAUAGUUCACUUGUGAGAUAGCGCCAACCCGCACUUUACGCGUCCAGGAAGUGAGUGGUUCGCGGCAAGUGACGCUAGAGUUGCGUCAGCAGACGGCUACCAGGCAAACAUGAAACACCGAAAAGUUUACAUCACGUCGGUGGACGAAACCAACAACGGCCAGCAUCCGGUGCUGCCAGGUUCGGUGUUGACGCAUCCCGCGUUGGACGCACCUCAGUUGCCAAUUCCAUCAAUAGAUCUCGCCAUGUCAUGCAGCAAACAACAGCAGCCGUUUGGCGAAAGCCGACUUGAUCCGGUGGAAACGUAUCAAAUGAACGCAUCGUUCGCCGGCGUGGAUAAUGGUUUGGAAGUGCAGUUACAUGGAGAUCCUUUUGAAAAGACAUCGAAGCGACCGUUCGUCCGAAAUUGGCCUAUUGUUUCGCAGCCUAUCGCGCUGCUGACGGUAUUGUUGCUACUCUGGGGAAUUGCGUUUUCGGUUCUUCCCCGGCAGCUAACGGAACCCGAUACGCCACUUAUGAGACUGUGCUUUCUGUUCGUCGGUGCCCAGAUCAGCGGUAUUCUGGUUUCGCUGACGGGUCUGCCGGAUAUGCUGGGCAUGCUGUUCUGGGGCGUUCUGUACACAAACAUUGGCUGGGCUGAUUUCCAUGGACUGCAGAAGGUGGAGGUGUUUUUAAGGGAAAUGACACUGGUGAAUAUAAUGCUGCUGGCCGGUUUGGGCUUGGAUUACGAAUCGUUGAAAAGGCUUUUCCGAUUUAUUAUGCAACUGACCAUCAUCCCGACGGCGGCUGAGGUGGCCGCAAUCGCCGUCCUAUCCAGGUACCUUCUGGAUCUACCUUGGAUGUGGGGAGCUUUGAUGGGCCUGGUGGUAACGGCAAUCUCGCCGAACGUUGUGGUGACAGUACUGCUGCGUCUGAAGGAGGAACAGCUUGGCAUGAAUAAAGGAAUCCACACAUUAAUCAUCGCUAUGACAAGCUGUAAUGAUGUUUUAGCUAUUUUCCUAUUUGGCGUACUUUUGGGGAUGAUAUUUUCCACUGGUAACCUCACGAGUCAGAUACUCCAGGGACCUAUCGGUAUCGUAAUUGGUCUCGUCUUUGGCAGCGCUUGUGGAGCCUGGAUGCUUUACAUGCCAUCCUAUCAAGCGAAAUACACCAACGGGUUACGUUUCACGAUGACGAUCCUCGCCGGGACGCUUUCGGUGGUUGGAAGUAAACUUAUUGGAUACCCUUCGGCAGGUGCUCUGGGUUGCAUAAUGACGGCUUUUGUCGCCGGAACCGGCUGGAAAAAGCGUCCCGAGUACGACGGGAACGAGGUCGGCAUGUACCUGGAUUUGCUGUGGAAAUUCCUGAAACCGGUGUCAUUCUCGUUAAUUGGAAAGGAAGUGAACUUCUCGGUACUGGAAGCAAACACGGUCCUGUACGGAGCAGUCACGCUACUGGUCGCAGUUUCGUUCCGCCUGGUGUUCUCCUACCUUUCAACGCUCGGUAGCGAUCUGGACUGGAGGGAAAAAGCUUACGUUACACUGUCCGGAUUUCCCAAGGCCACCGUCCAGGCGGCCCUCGGUCCUGCCGCACUGGAUUUAGCACGGAGCCUGAGCGCAACCGAACAGUACCCCCGGGCCCAAACGGUGCUGAUUGUGACGGUGCUGGCAAUCGUCUUCACCGCUCCGCUGGGAGCACUGCUGAUGGUCAAGCUGGCACCCCGGUGGCUGAAACGGGGCCCACCGGAGGAGACGUGAUUGUUAUGAUUGAUACGCCAUACUUAAUAACGAAUGAAGUACUUAGGAUGUUUUAUUGGACCAGCGGAUUUGUUGUAAUAGCCUCAACUUGUUUUUCAUUCGUGUUCGCAGUAAUGUCGAUAAUCGUUUGAGGUCGAGUGUUUUAUAUUUUUUACUUUCAAAGUUUAUCACACAAAGUCGUAUAUUUUAAUGUUAAUGGUAAUAAAAAUU